CAAAAAUAUUAAAAAUGAAAUUCGUCAUUGUUUUAUCUGCUCUCUUGGCUGUUGCAUUAGCUGCUGGAGGUGAUCCAAAAGAUGCUACAGUUGUUCGUUAUGACAAUGAUAAUAUUGGUGUUGAUGGUUACAAAUUUGGUGUUGAAACCAGUGACGGAAAAAAACAUGAUGAAUCUGGUCAAUUGAAAAAUGUUGGAAGUGAACAAGAAGGUAUUGCCGUACAAGGUUCAUUCUCAUAUGUUGGUGAUGAUGGUCAAACUUAUUCAGUUAGUUAUGUUGCCGAUGAAAAUGGUUUCCAACCACAAGGUGCACAUAUUCCAGUUGCUCCAUAAGUUAACAAUAUAAGGAAUCUGUAUAUAUUCUAACUAAUUCACCGAAAGGCUAAAAAAACAAAAAAAUUUAUAUGUGAUUGUUAGUUUUAGUUAGUAAUUUUUGUCGAAAAUUGUAAA